CAAAUACCAGACACAGACGUUGAUGAAGGAACAUCAACGGGUUGGUAUGAAAUCACAGGAAAAGUUUAUUCUCCUGAAAUAGGAACAACAGAUAAUUGGCAAGAUGAAACCCAAAUUAUAAUCAAUGGUGGGGAAAUGAAAGGAUUCUUGAAGAACGACGGGACAUUCGUUAUCAGUAAAGUUCCAUCCGGAUCAUAUGUUGUAGAGAUCUUGAAUCCCAACUACAUGUAUGAAGCAGUAAGAGUAGAAAUCAAUAAUAAAGGAAAGUUCCGAGCACGUAAAGUGAACCAUGUACAACCUUCACAGGUUCUUCAAGUUCCAUAUCCUUUGAAGUUGAAAGCUCUUACGACCUUCCGCUAUUUUCAACAGCGAGAACAGUGGAAAAUCACAGAUUUCCUCUUCUCGCCCAUGGUUUUAAUGAUGAUUCUACCAUUAAUUCUGUUAGUGUUAUUGCCUCGAAUCAUGAGUGAUCCAGAAACCAAAAAAGAAAUGGAGAACUUACAAUUACCUAAACUUGGCGGUGAUAUGCCAGAAAUGAGCGAGAUGAUAAGCAAAUUUUUCGGCGGAGGAACGCCACAACCAAAACCCUCAAGUAGCUCUGGUGGAGGCAGUGGAAAAACAAAUAAAAAGCGGAAUUAA